AUGCUGGUGGAGUCGGACUCAUCAUCUCUGCCGCCUGCUCCCGUGGAGGCCGUCGGCGUCAAGCGCCCUAACUUGAGCGGCAACAGGGGAAAAUAUAUCAUCGUGUCGACCAACUUUUUUGAAAUCACCAUUCCCCAAUGUCUCAUCCACCAAUAUGACGUCAUCUCGCCAUCGGGCGACAAACUCCCGCUGCGGCGCUCGUUUGACAUCAUCCGCAAGCUGCAGCACGAAGUCGAACCGGACAUCUUCAGUCGUCGCGGCGUCUACGAUGGCCGCAAUAAUUUUUUCACCACCCAGAAGCUCGAAUUCGGCAAGAGCGCCGAGGUACGACUUUGCCCAUAUUUUUUCGUCCACACAAUUGCAGUCCAACGACGUGGCCCCAAAGUAUACAAAGUCCGGUUGGUACACGUCGCAGUGAUCAACCCCGAAGUGCUUUCUCGCUUCGUCAACGGUCAACAGUCCAAUGAAGAGCGCGUGCUCACAUCCGCCGUUACCGCACUCAACACGGUAGUGCGAAUGGUGCCAAACUCUUGCUAUCCUUUUAAUUCUCGUUGCUUCUAUACAGAUGAGGAGGUGCGGCCCAUCGGAGGUGGUAUUGAUCUGUGGCGAGGAUACUUCCAAUCUGUCCGUCCGGGAAUUGGAAGGAUGCUGAUAAACAUUGAUAUCUCAACGGCUGCCAUGUACAAACAUGGCCGUCUUAUUGAUUUGUGUCUUGAUUUCUUGGGCAUUCCAGCAGGCAAUGUGGUGGCCUUGGCACCUACCCGAGGCUUUCCCUUUCGAGAGCAGAUCCGGCUAACCCAUUUUCUGCGUGGACUUAUGGUGACCAUGCCUUAUAGACAGCGCUCAUUUCGCAUUGCGAAACUGAGCAGGAGAGGUGCUUGUGAUGAGACUUUCCAAUUGGAUGGGAAAGAAACAACAGUUGCUGAAUACUUCAAGGAUCACCACAACCAUCCUCUCAUGUAUCCUGAGGUGAUCUGCGCAGUGCUGCCUCGCGGGGACGUGAUUCCGCUCGAGAUGUGUGACGUGCCCGCAGGACAGUUUAUGAAACGUCAGAUUCCUAAGGACAAGAAGCGGGAUUUCCUGGCAUUUUCCAUGAUGAAGCCUGGGCAACGCUUGGCAAGCAUCCGGAACGGCUUCAACACCCUCAAGUAUGGCGAUUCCGAAUACCUCACAGACUUUGGGAUGAACGUCAUACCGGAGGAGUUGAGGGUCAACGCCCGCAUCAUCGAUCCCCCGACGCUGAAAUACGGCGAGCAGGGCCGGCAAAAGAGCAUCUGCUCGUCAAGUGGAUCUGUCUUGUGCCAUUAUAUGAGCAACAACAGGAUCGACAAGCACGUAUAUGAAGGAUGUAGCACCAUUGACCAGUGGAUAGUGGUUAUUUAUGAGCGCAGGGCCAGAUUCAACCCGCCACGCCUAGAAGGAAUGAUACGCGGCCUUGUAUCAGGCUGCGAAAGCAUCGGUCUCUCGAUUAAUCCAUAUCCAUUCUACGUGAAAUGGGAAAAUGGGCAAGGAAACAUUGGCAAGGCACAUCGAUCCUCGAACCUUCAUCUGUCUAUCUGCAAGGAUGGCCGUCCGGAUCUAGUCGUCGUCAUCCUUCCGGGGGACGGCCAAGAUGACCUCUAUGCCCACGUGAAGUUCUUUGGAGAUGUGAAGGACGGGGUGAUGACGCAGUGCAUGCUGUCAACAAAAUGUACCGCUGCCAGCCGGCAAUAUUUUGUGAAUGUGGCACUCAAGAUAAACGCUAAACUCGGAGGGAUCAACGUCAUCCCGGAUCCCGCCCAUGUAUCGAUGUUGACCGAUCCCGUUCACCCGACCAUCGUAAUGGGUGCGGAUGUGACGCACCCACGGCCCGGGGUGCAGCAUCGACCAUCCUUCGCUGCCGUUGUCGCGAACAUAGACAGCCACAACGCAAAAUAUGUGGCGAGGAUGGAAGUUCAGGACCCCAAUGUAGAGAUGAUACAGGGCUUGGAAGACAUGAGCAAGGCAAUCUCAAUAAUUUCCAUGUACAUACGGAGAAACAACAUGGCACCCAAGCGCCUCAUCUUCUACCGAGAUGGCGUGUCGGAAGGCGAAUUCAGACAAGUACUCGAGAAAGGUAAACAUUGGUUAUAUGCGUGCCAAGCACUCGGCAUCGCGCCUAAAAUCACGCUGGUCGUGGUCGGCAAGCGGCACCACGCUCGCUUCUUCCCCACAGACACCAAAAACAAGGACAAGAGCGAUAACUGUCGUGCGGGGACGGUCAUUGACACAGGCGUGGUCAACCCCCUUGAAUUCAAUUUUUACCUGCAAAGCCACGCCGGAAUCAUCGGGACAAGCCGCUCCGCGCACUACAAUGUGCUCUACGACGAGAAUCAGUUCACUGCCGACGGGUUGCAAGAGCUGUCGUAUGCUUUGUGCCACGUGUACUCCCGCGCAACGCGCUCAGUGUCCAUCCCUGCUCCCGUGUAUUAUGCGAACACCGUCUGUGCUCGAGCGCAGUACCAUUACGAUCCGCAGGUCAGAAUGGGGCUCUCGCUAUCGGAGACGGGGGAGAGUGAGGAGGAAGGUUUUGAUCUGGAGGCAUUCAAGAAGGGGUUCCUCCCACUGCACGAGCGCAUGAUGGGAUCGAUGUAUUUUUCGUGA